AUGAGUGUGCUGCAAAAUGGGAGGCUGGUUUUUCACAGCUUCCAUGCAGAGAAUAGUGGAGAGUAUCACUGUAGCACCAUGUAUAGGCAGGAAGGAACUGAGUAUAUAAAGAAGUACAGCUUUCUUCUUUAUGGGUUCCACAAACCAGACUGGAGUAUGAGCAUUGGUGUUGACUUUAUUUCCCACGGAUGCAAUCAGCAAGCUAAUAACCAGGUUAUUAAGUUUGUUAUUUCCCAUCUACAACUGAGCUUGAUCCAAAUUGGAUGGAAAGUAUUAGAGAAAAUAAUUACUUGUCACUGGCUGAAAAGUCCAAAGGAAAUUACUCCAGAUUCCAGUAAAGUCAUUGUACAUUUCGACCUAAUAGCAUUUCCUUAUGGCCUAUUAUGGGAGCAACAUUGUCCCACAUCUGACAGUAAGAUGAGGAAGGACUGUGACAAAAUGGCAGAGGAACAACUGAGGAAGCACUCUGGUGUUGGUGGGCCAUGUAAGUUCUUCAGUGAUGUGUGUCCCCAAGAGUCUGAAGCUAGACACUCUGCCUACUUUGGCACCAUUUAUGUGGAUAGGGAGGGACUCAUUCCUUCAUCCUUCAUCAAUAAAAUUGAUUAUGAGCUCCUUGGUCUUGUCUGUAUUCAGGGCAAGAUUGUUCUCCAGGCACCAUACGGAGACUUUGUAGACCUCCUCUCGAUAAACCCCCUUGUCACUGUCUGA